AUGGAUCCCGCAGCCGGCGUUUCCUCCCCCUUCCACAACGAUAUGGAGGGGAAAAACGGCCUCCUGGAGAGUGCGGUGCGGUUGGGGGCGGCUGGGCAAAGUUGCGGGGCCGAGGUCCCCGCCUCCGCAGCCACAGGGGCGCGCGAGGGCGGGAGGAGAGCCAACAACUCAAAAGACGAAGAUGUCAGUCGCCGUGGGACCCCCUGCGGUGGUUGUGGAGCCAGUUACACGACGGCCGUGGUGCCGUCGGGAGGGGUGUAUUUGUGUGACAACUGCGCCGCAGAGCACGAGUCGCAUCCGAAAGGAAAUCGGUUUCCCCCCAAUACGCUGAAGUGCUGCCCCGCUAGUGUAACGGAGGGGGACGACGCCGUCGUGCGCUGCUGCGCGUGCCACGGUUGGUACCACUGCGCAUGUCUUGAUAUUCACGACAGGGCGUUGAAGGAGUACUUGACGCUGUCCACAACGAGGUGGUACUGCAUGGAACCCUCCUGCUGCGAGAAGGUUCUUCAGGAAAAACUCAAGAGGAGACGAUAG